AUGCGAUCGUCUGGCAAAAAAAGGAGAGCCAGUGAGAAAGGAGGAAAGGAGGAAAAGGAGAGAGUUGGGACUAGGGAUGCGGUCGAGGCGUGGCAAGCGGACGCAGACUCACCUUCCCUCGGCUGCCGUCUGGAGGAUCAGCCACGUCUGGGAACCACACCUCUAGCCAUGCUAGCUGCCACCUGCAACAAGAUUGGUACCAAGACCCCACCCCCAUCCAUGACUGACGUCUCCACCCCACAGACCAAAGGUUUCCUUCCCUUUAAGAAGACGUCCUCCAUGUCCGACCUGCCCACGGCCCUGGCCGACUCCAGAAUGCCCACCGUGUCCGCCUCGACAGCUAACGGUUUCACUCCGUACUCGCUCUCCCCGGCCGUGGCCAUCCACAACUCCUCGCUGACCAGUUCCACCGCGGCCGCUGCCGCCUACAACGAGAUGCUUGCCCAUGGAAGGACUUCGCUCAAAUCCAGCGUGCCCUGGACUUCCACGGAUUCCGCCUCCCAGCCGGCCAUUAUACACAAACUCCACGGCACUACGGCCGACCAUUUAGUCAACGUGUGCCCCGGCGUGCCCAUUUGCCCUCACCCGUACGACUCGUGGCUCAAAGCGUCCAGCGCGGCUGCGGCCAGCAUCGCACGGGAUUCCAGCUCCGGGUCGACCCUCAGCUGGUGGGAGUUACGCGGUGGCUCGAGUUGGCUGGACCUCCACCCUAGCACCGCCGUGGCUCUGAGCUCCCAGUUACCGAAAUAUUCCAGCUACGCCGCCGAGUGUGCAGCCUUGAAUGCCGCACACCCUGUGUUUAGCACUCCGAGUCCCCACCCAUUUAUGACUGCCCCACCCCUCUUCACCCAUGACAGUCUAGGAUCUUUAGUACCGCCAGGUUGCGAUCUGAUGAGCUUGUCUCAAAUGCGAUCUCCUUUCCUAACACCGAGUGGAUUCAGCGGAUUGUCGCUGUCCUCUCGGGCCAACCGGCGGUACACCGGUCGAGCCACCUGCGACUGCCCUAACUGCCAGGAGAACGAGCGGCUAGCCGCGGCUGGACAACCCAUACGCAAGAAGAACGUUCACACCUGCCACAUCCCUGGUUGCGGUAAGAUCUACGGUAAGACCUCGCACCUCAAGGCCCAUCUCAGGUGGCACACAGGGGAGCGGCCGUUCGUCUGUAACUGGCUGUUCUGCGGCAAACGGUUCACGCGUUCGGACGAGUUGCAGCGGCACCUACGGACCCACACGGGCGAGAAGAGAUUCGCCUGUCCCACGUGCAACAAGCGAUUUAUGCGUAGUGACCACCUCAGCAAGCAUAUCAAAACUCACACUGGUAACACCAGUAGCAGCAGCAGCAGCAGCAGUAGCAGUAGCACGAAUAACAAUAGCUCGUCAACUGCUAAGAAAAGUGCUGCUACCAUAAGCGGGAGUGAGUCAGAGAGCAGCCCAGGUGAGCUUGGUAGCGAGGGUAACCCGUCCCCUCUCCCUUCAAAGAACACUAGCUCAUCCUCCUCCUCGUCAUCCAGAAACCAGCACGAGGUAAAGAUGAUCACAUCUUAAGAAGACGAAAAGAACAGACUUCAGAAAACAUUUCGUUUGUAUUCGCUUCAAAACCACAGCCAGUAGUCUUGCAGUAUUCUCGCGAAGUCUCGUCAAAUCCCGAAAUGUGGUGUGUGUUUAUAGUUAUCACUUUUUUUUUAAAGCAGGGAGACGCUUAUUGUGGAUUCCUCUUAUGGAAUAUCGCGUUGCAUUUUUGGCGGCGCCUGUUUCACUUACAACUACAGCAAAAAAUAAUUAAAAAAUUGAUUCAAAGUGUGUGGGUGAAUGUGUGAAUAAUUAUGACAUGUAUAUAAUACAGGCAAUAUGUUAACAGAACUUCUGUACACUUCCAAGUUUUGCGACUGAAAUAGAACAACACGACCACGCUUUCAAUACUUGCCACUCCCUGUACUGAAGAUUUCCUUUGUAAAAAAAAGUUUCCUUUAAUUCAGUCAAAAAUUGAUAUACUCUUCGUUGUUUUGCACCUACAAACCUACACUUUUGAAUUUGGGCUUUAUUGCGUCGUAACCUUUAUGUAAAGCGUCACUAUUAAGUUACCUUUUUCUGAGUCAUUGUUAAAAUGUCAUUUCUAAUAAAUGUAUUUCAUGUCAUGGCAUAUUUUCAGAGGAAAAAACCCUCACAGGUUAAAAAAAGAAAGUGUUGGUGAUAGUUUUCGACGUAUCAAAACCAUGUCCUCUCAAAAACAUCUACCACCGACAAUGUCAAAGGUCAUGUAAGAUGAAUACAUUCAUGUUUGCUAGCAAAUAUUUAAGGCUGCCCUACUUGACUUGAAGGCUAACAAUCUGAAGUACAUGGCGGAUUAGAUUUUUGGAUUAGCCACUUAAACAAUAAUUUUUUUAAAACCCGCUUGUACUGUUUGAGAUAUCAAAUUCUCGAGUUGUUGUAGAAACAUUGAAUUACAUACACGAAACUAAACUAUGAUCACAUUCCGAAUUAAUUUGGCUCUCAAAAAAUUACACAUUUGUUCGACUACCUUGAAAUUAAAGCAUGGGCCUUUUUGUUUUCAAAAAGAAUAUUCACCAUUUCAACGUGGGACUAGUAUGCAAAAUGACGCUGCUGGUUCUUCCUAGCGUCUGCAUCAUAUCGUGUAUUCAGUUUUUGUUUUAAAAUUUGAAUGCAAUUUCGAAAAAAAACCACUUCUGGUGAAAAUGGGGUUCUUAACUUCUUAUUCAGUAACUGACUAUGUAUUCAUCAUGAUACGUAAAAUUCAGCAUCAAUAGUCUGAAUAGAAAAAAAGCAUAGACAUUUACAUAAACCGUAACAAACCGAAGACUUCUGAAGUGUGUGAAAGCGCGUGAAAAACAGUGAGAAAAAGCGGAGAUUGUUUUAAACAAGUGAGUUGAUAUUUUAAAGUGCAAACUAUUGGUGUAUUACUUGUACUUCUGUUGAGUUUUUGAGUUGAGUAACCCAAUGUCUUCUACCUCACGUUUAGGUUUAGCACAAGCUUCUCAAGCUUGACGUGGUUUUGUAGUGUUCAUACACCUUCUUUAUUGCUAUUUCUACACCGGUGUCGAACACAAGGGCCUCAGCAAUGCACAUAAUAGUUUCUUGAUUAAAUUUGCAACUCGUAAAAUUUAAUUUUUAAGCCCAAGUCUGCCGGUGUCUUCAAAGGCUUGAAAUCUUAUUCUUGCUGUAAUCUGUUGAAAUAUGGUAUUUCUUUAGCCGGGCUUUUUUGUUAUUUGUGUUCUUGACGAACUGAAAGAUUAGAUCAAAAAUCUUUAUUGAUAGGCUUGUGUCAAGCUUUUACCGAAGCUUUUAUUAAAUUUCUAAUUCUGUGAUGUACCGAAUGAGGUUUUUAACAAGCCAAUAACGUCUGCCUCCCCUUGUCCUACUACACAGUGGUUUCGACCGGAACAAAAAAAAGAGUGAAUUUCAUGCCAGAUUUAGUUGGGAAAACAAUUAAGAGAGCAAAUAAUUACUGCUUCGCUUUCCGUCUUUGUAUUCUUGCUUAUUGUGAGUAAAUGUGGUGCAAUGGCGAUCUGGGUAUUGAUCCGUUAGGAUUCAAUCAGUGAUUCUCAAAUCAAAGAAAUCACUGUUGUUUGUAACAAAAUCGUGAGGGACUUAUUGAGCUUUUAUAACCGUUUUUUUUUUGGUCGUCACACGCGGGUUCUGUUCAAUCAUGUACAAUUAACUUAAAUUCGUAAUUAGUAAAUAGCAUAUCUGGGGAAAAAUCCCGCAAAAAUUGUAAUAUAAAUCUGAAAUUACAAUUUUUUUGUAGUCUUUGCAACAGACUUUCAAUAUGUUUUCGAUCUUUACUUUUUUUGUUUUUGUUUACUGCCCAUGAGAAGGACUGAACUAUAUCCUUAUGGUGUAUUUGUAUGACCAAGUCAUGAAUUUUGCACUCAGUUCAAUGAGUACAUUGAUUCACUGAGAGAGAAAACAAAAUCGAUUUACAUUGUGUAUUCCAGAUAUUUAAUUUUUGCCUACAUAUUUAUAUAGUUACGUCCAGUACAUUUUACUUUGAGGAGGUAUCAAUAAUUUAAGACGAUCUGUUUCUGCUUAUUUUACAACUUUUUUUUUUUAGCAUAGACUUCACAUGUCGAUCUCUGUCGACCACUAGUAUACAGACAUCUGUGGAGAUCAACCUGUCGAAUUACAAUCUCGUGCACCUUUGUAUUCAAAUUAAUUUGGUUUGUAGUCGACACUGCCAAGAAAUUUGGAAUCUAAAUUCUGCGCCAGUAUUGCAGUCGUAAACACAUUCGAGUUGGUUAUUUUUCCUUUCAUUUUUUGAAAAAAAUUAACACGGACAUAUUUUACGUUCAGUCCUCGCCAUAUUUACACAAAGUGUGCAGGAAUCCGGAAAACCAGAUAGUAAGUUCUACCGGUAUUAACUACCUAAAAAAUGUACAAAUUCAAUUCACAUACAUGCACGAGGCUUGUUGUUAUAGGUAUUUGUUUUCAAUGUAGGAGCUGCAAUGCUCGUGUAUAAUGUUCAAAGCAAUGUAGUCAUGUUUCGAAUCCACCGCUCGUUUUUACACUCUGAUGUGUUUUAUAAAUACAGCUCUGUAUUAUGGUAUGUAAUGGGUGUACUUUUGAACACUGGGUGUUUGACAGUUUCGACAAACUCUUUCAUUUUUUUCCGUCUUUUCUGGGAAUUUUUGUUAUUUGGUUUUAUGAAUAAGAAAAAAAGACUAUAUCAGUGCACAUACUAGGCGCCUGUCCCACAGGUAUGUACAUAUUUAAAAUGUAAGAGUGUAUAAUUACCAUAACUAUAGAGUGUGGGGCUAUAAUAUUAUUAAUAUUAUAAAUGUUGAAUAAAAUGAUUGUCCUAUAGUGUAAACGUA